GAUUUAACGUUGUAAUCAAAUAACCAUAACCACGAUUUCGGUUACUACCAUUCAUUUGUUGAUGGUGGUGAUAAUAAUGAUGAUGAUUAAUUUUAGUUUCCACAACCAGUAUAAAUCAUAAACAUUAUUUUUCAAAAUAACAACAACAACAACAAUUUCCCUCCUAUACAAGACAUUGAAACCUUAUGCUUAAAAGUAGCCAUCAUUAAUGAUGAUAAUCAAAUAAUUUGUUUUAUUGUGAAAAAUAUUUGUUAUCAAUUUCAAUAACAAAAAAAAAAGAAAAGAAAAAUGUCUCAAUCGAUAAACAUUGAUUACAGUAAUGAUCAACAGCUAAUCGAUGAUACACUGACCGAAGAAAAGCCUUUUAUAAAAACAAGAACAGAAAGUUUGAAACAAAAUUCGAAAAAAAUUCGAAACGUCAACAACGAAACGGAUAAUCGAACGACAUCGAAUUCAAAUAAUCAUCAAUCAACAUCUACUUCCAAUUUCACACGAUUGAUUAGAAUCUUAAGUUUUAGGAGAAAAAUUACCAAAAAAAGCGAUCAUGAUCAAUCUGAAGAUAAAUUAUCAUCUAAGCUUGAUAAUAUACGAGGAAAACGUUCUCAUAGUUCAUUACCAUUUAUGAAAAGAUCCUCAAAAAAUCGACAAAAUAGCGAUUUUAAACCAACAAAUAUAGCUGGCGAUGAAGCAUCAUCUGCUGAUAAUUCAAAUCUUUUUAUACGAUUUUUGCGAACUUUUCGUUUUUUAUAUAAACGUAAACAAUCGUCAACAAAUCAGAGUUCAAAAAUAAAACGCUCAUCAUCGUUAAAUAAUCCUAGGAAAUCAAAAUCAUUUCCAGAAAACAAAAGACAUCAUCAUUUUCAGAUUGAUAGGAGGAAAAAAAAUCUUUCUGGUUCAAUAGAUAACAUUUCCGAGCUUUCGUCACCUAGCCGUCGUUCGGAACCACCGCCAUCAAGCCAUCAUAAUGAUUAUCGUGCUCAACGUUUACCCAAGUCCCCAUCAAAACAAAAAAUCAUUCCAAAUGGAAAUAUUCCAAGUAGGAGUAAAACGCCACCACCCUCACAAUCACAAUUCAUUGAAACAUCUUCAACAAAUUCGAAUGAAUGUAAAAAAGAAUCGCCAGUAGAAAAUUCGAUUGAUCAAAUUGAUAAUUCGAAUAACACAUCUAAAAUUCAGUCAAUCGACAAUAUCAAUCCUAAUAUUAUUAGCUCAAGUGAUCUGACUUGUAAUGGAAAUGGUUUCAAUAUAGACCAACAUUUUGUUGACCAUAAUGAUGAUCAAAAUGACCUAAAUCUUCACUCAUCUUUAGUGGAAUAUAUUCCAGGUGUUUGUGGUAUACAAAACCAUGGAAAUACCUGUUAUCUAAAUUCAAUCAUUCAAUGUCUCUCAAAUACUGCUCCUUUAGCAGAAUAUUUUUGUUUGAAUUAUUAUCGUGAAGAUCUAGUUCAAAAUCGUUCAACAACCGGUGGUGAAGUUAGUGAAUGUUUAGCUCUUCUUAUCAAAAGCCUAUGGACUUAUAAAUAUUCUAGUGAUAUUUCAUUAAAAUUCAAAUACAUCUGUGGUAAAUAUAACAAACAAUAUUUAGGCCAUGAUCAACAUGAUGCUCAAGAAUUUCUAUUAUGGUUAUUGAAUACAUGUCACGAAGAAUUAUCAAAAUCCAAUUCACCAUACAAAUCAAUAAAAAAUGGCAUAUCGUCAAUGUUAAAGGGUGCGCCUAGUCCAAAAAAAAUUUCUCAGGACAAAAGUGAGGAAAAGGCAGCCAAAGAAUUUUUAGCACGAUGUCAAACAAGCAAUUCGAGCAGUAUUAUUUCUGAUCUAUUCCAAGGUCAACUUCGUUCGACUAUCGAAUGUCCAACGUGUGGUCAUCGUUCCAAAACUUUUGAUCCAUAUACAUCUAUAUCUUUGUCUGUUAUAUUUCGUUUUACUAUUUUUAUCAAAGUCACAUUCCUCGACCAUACCAUCAUCAAAUAUGGAAUUUCUAUUGAGGCGGCAUUAAUUCUACGCAAUCUAAGAGACAAGAUUAGCCGUAUGAUUAAGAUUCCUGAACGUCGAUUGCUUCUACUUCAGGAGCCGAGUAUCCACUAUCAGUUGGUCGAAUUUGCUAAUGAUUACAAAAUGUGUCAGGAAAUUUUUACUGAUUCCGAAACAAUAUGUGCUCUGGAAACACCUGAAUUGUCUCACCAGGAUAAAGAUGGUUUGUUGACGAUCGUUUGGUUGAAUCGCAUCGAUGAAACUGGACCAAUUUUUGGUCCACUGUUUACAACAGUAGUUUCACGCGUAAUUGGUUUUCGAAAGUUACAAGAAAAUAUUUUGUUAACAAUGGCCGAAUAUAUCAUAGAUUUUAAAAAUGUUGAUUUCGUUAAAUUAUCACACUUCAUAACAUUACGAAUACGAGUUGUCAAUGGUUUAAAAGGAGAAGAAUAUUUAAAGCCAAGUGUUGAUCAUCCUCUGUUUGUAAAAUCUGUCGAAAAUGCUUUAUCAAUGACCGAAAAUCAAUAUAGAGGACCAUAUCAUCUGAAAUUAAUUGUCGAAUGGGAUUUGGAUUCACGACAAAACAUUAUCGUUAGCAAUGAACUUUUUAAUAUGAUAGCACAUGAAUGUGAAGAUGAGUCGGUUAAGAAGGCUCAAGAACAUUCGAAAAUGAACAAUCGAACUACAUUACAAGAUUGUUUGGAUUUAUAUUUUCGUGAUGAAAAUUUGACAAGUGAAAAUUCAUGGCAAUGUUCAUCGUGUUCAUCACAAUCAUGUCUGAGAAAAUUGAACAUAUGGAGUCUUCCAGAUAUUUUAAUUUUACAUUUAAAACGAUUUCGUUAUACAAAUAAUAUGAAUCGACUUAAAGUCAACACGAUGGUUGAUUAUCCAGAAAAUGGUCUCGAUCUAUUAAAAUAUGUACAAGAAAAAUUCAGUGAAAGUUUCAAUGGAACUAUGAAUGGUCAUGAUCAUUCGCCGUCGUUUUCAUCAUUGAAUAGUAGUAAUGAUAGAAGAUCAUCGUCAUCUUCAUCGAAUAAGCUAACCUAUAAAUGUAAGGGUAAUGAUAGAUUGGACGAAACUACAUAUGAUUUAUUCGCCGUUUCCUGUCAUCAAGGAAAUAUGCAAUCCGGCCAUUAUAAAGCUUACUCUAAGAAUUCUGUAGACAAUUGUUGGUAUCUAUUCGAUGAUACAAAAGUAACAGUGGAAAAAUUCAAAGUCAAACAAGAUGCUUAUAUUUUAUUCUAUCAAAAAUCAUCAGUAUCAGCCAGCUAUUCGAUGAUUACUACAAAAUGUCAACAUUGGGCAUUUCGAAUGCCAAUUUUUGAUUAUAAUUUUCAGAAUGGUUGUCAUCAACAUUCUUCAUUGUCAUAUUCAAACAAAUCAUCAACAUUACCUAGCCAAAAAUCGCGGAUGAAUAAUCAUUCAAUAGCAACUGUUAAUCAUCAUUAUAGUAAUCAUAUUGAUUCAUCAAACAAAAAUCAACUACAUUAUCAGUAUUCGAAUGGUCAAUAUCAACAGCAAAAAAUAUUUAAUGACAAUUCAAAAAAAUAUAAAUCAGAAAAUAAUUAUAAUAUAAAUGGCUAUCAUAGUUAUUCUACUAAUAACGAUAAUAAUCACCAUAAUCAAAUUGAACAAUCAAAUCAACAUCAUCAUCAUAGCCAUCAGCAAUUGAAUCAACAUCAAGCAUUCAAUACUUUUUCCAGAAACAAGUCAAAAUAUGCAUACUAGUCGAAAACAUUCGGGAUUCUCGAUCCUUUUCCCUUGAUGAUU